AUGCUCACCGCUAAGGGCAUUGUGGUCUUCUCCGGCGGCAGCGCUGCCAACUCUCUCGUCGAUGUCUUCGAAGCGGUUCGCGAGAGCAAAGACUGCCCUCUGUCCUACAUCAUUCCUAUAAGCGACAACGGUGGCUCCUCUUCGGAGUUGAUACGGGUUUUCGGAGGACCGGGCAUCGGAGACGUGCGAAGUCGGUUGGUCCGGUUGAUUCCCACGGAUCCGCCUUCGACAGAAAGGUCGGCCAUUUCCAACCUGUUCAAUCACCGGUUGUCGUCAUCUUCCUCGACAGAUGCGGCGAAUCAGUGGCAGAGCAUAGUCUGGGGCACAUCUGCGCUGUGGAACGGCAUACCGUCGGCCAAGAAGGAGCUGAUCCGGUCUUUUCUCAACCUGCUGAACCUCGAGAUCCUGAAGCGCGCGAGGCCUUCGUCGACUUUCGACUUCACGUCAGCGAGCGUCGGCAAUCUGUUUUUGACUGGGGCACGGCUCUUCAGUGGCAGUUUCGAAUCUGCGAUCUACUUGUUGAGCAGUCUGUGUGCCAUCCCCGACGGGGAGGUGUGCGUUAUCCCCAGCAUCAACUCCAACUUCUCCCACCACAUCGCGGCCGGGCUGGCAAACGGUGAGACCAUAGUAGGACAGAACAAUAUCUCGCAUCCUGCGGCCAAAACCGCCUUGGAGAUGCCCACCGUGUCUCCUUCAAAUACAACCUCCGACUUCCGUGCCCGCUAUCAUGUCGAGCAUCCCGAGGAGAUUGAGGAUGCUCAUCUGCCGGGGACGCUCCCGACGCUGCGACAGCGAAACAUCAAAUUCAGCAAAGAUCUUGACCAAGAUCUCCCAGCUCGUAUCGAGCGAAUAUGGUACAUCAAUCCCUACGGACAAGAAAUGCUACCACCCGCCAACCCACGAGUGAUCUCAGCAAUCAAGCAAUCCCAGGCGGUUAUAUACUCUAUCGGUUCCCUCUUCACCUCGAUUAUACCUUCCAUUGUCCUUAAAGGAGUUGGAGAAGCUCUAAGCUCGACUUCUGCCCGUCAUAAGAUUCUCAUUCUGAAUGGCUCCUUGGAUCGUGAGACUAGUCCCAGUUCGAAUCCCUUCUCUGCCUUUGACUUCGUGGAAGCCAUAGCCCGUGCUUGUGAACAGUCCCAGGGACGUCUAUGGAGACCCAAGCUUCAUACUUCACGAUCAGACGACACAUUAAAGUCGUCAGCGCCAACAACCCCCACAGCUGUUCGACACGGCGAAUCUCUUUUCCCAGGAGCGAACCAUCAUCCACGUGAUGGUGCUCGAGACUCGGUGUACCGUAAAUAUGUGACCCAUGUCAUUCACCUGACUGGUGAAGGAACUCCACAAGUCGACCGAAAUCAUCUUGCAUCUCUCGGGAUUGAUUGCUUGAAGCUGUACGGUCGCAAGAGCUCAAAGGGCGAGAUGUUCUACGAUCCGCAAGCCCUGGUUGGCGCCAUCGAAGCAAUUCUCGGUAGAAAAGGAGAUGCCAUGGCCGUGAGCAGGAGCCGGAGGAACACCGUCGACGCAAAUGCCUUGUCUCAACUGCAGGAAGCAAGGACAAAUGCUCGAAUAGAGGCUCUUAAGACUCCCUGA